CUGAGUUCGCUUCACUGUCCGUGGCUUUUUACGCAGAGAGGAUGAGGAGUUUGCACGAGUGUCUGCAUCAGUGCGAGCGGCUGAUUGGUGACUUCACCGCCCAUCCUGUCUCACCCUGAGACCCCCUGCGUCCUGGUAAAGGACCCCGAGCCGCUGUUUUGUUUUUUUGUCACUAGCCCGGUCUCUCUGACGGGUUUGCGCUGCUCGGAAUCUUUGGCUCAUAGAACUAGUCAGACUUGUUUCACGUUGCCUUCGGGCGCAGCCGGAAUCUGAUCAUUGCUGUUAUUCUUCAUAUCGACCUCUCCGCAGGGUCACCGCACAGUCUCAGGAACCUGUCGGCGCGAUGAUGCAGGCAGUUUAACUUGUUUCAAAAUAAAAGUGCAAAGGAAUCAGAAAUUUUUACGUCACUAAUGAGGUGUCACCUGAAAAAUAUGGGGCGUGGUUUCAGAAUUGACAGGUGUGGAGAGCAGUGAAGCUUGCAGGUUUACCUGGGAGCUGUUUUUUUGUUUGUUUGUUUGUUUGUUUGUUUUACUUUGUAAUGUGAUCUCAGAGGCUACUCCACCCAAAAACCCUAAUCCACAGGAGGUCACGGGUGUCACAACCUGAUCCCUGCUCUAGUGUAACUCAGUGCUCUGCACGGGUUUUAAAUUUACUCAAUUACUGGAUGCUGUAAGAGAAAGAGGCAGGAAGCAAAUAAAGAACCACAAAACCAUCAGCCAGUCACAGGACAGCAACUCUGAGCGUUCAGACACGUCGACUCGGCCUGCUGAAGUUCACCCCGCGCAUCAGAGUGUGGAAGGAAGUGACUUUGAACGUGAUGUGGUUGUUGGCUCUGAGUCUGUGGGGUUCACAGAGAAUCGUAGGUCAAAGGUCAGUACAACAGGAUGUGCAGAGGACACGUCUGCAGCACCUGUGUGACGCUCUCAUGAUCCUGUCACCAGGGGGAAAAUGUGUUGUUCCCUCAAAGGUAUCAGCAAUCGAUUUCACAGCAGCUGCCUGCAACCACUUACAGUUUUACAGUAAAAGUCACGGCCAAAAGACUUCCUCGCCUUGCUGAAGUCAAGGAGCGAAUUCAAACCAUUCUGGAAACAGGCGUCCAUCAAGACCAGACAAGCUCUAUAAAGAGCAGAUUAUAAAACACUAACAUAAUAAAAACAGAUAAAAAUACCCCAAUAAACUAAAACAAUGUUACUGAAUGAAGGAAAAUCUGCUGUUGCUUUAAAGUCAUCACUAAAACUGUCAACUUCCUGCAUUUAAAACUGUUUCGUUAUCAUUUAGUAACUAUUAGAGUGAAAUAAAAACUUUCUGCGACAUGUGAAAGCUGACUGCGAGUGUUGCAUCAUCAAUAUUCCCAGUUUUUCAAAAAAAAGUAAAUUCCUGCUGUCAUCAGACGCCGUCAUGCAUUUGUCUCUUCAUUGUCCAGUUUCACUUCAGAAAACUGUUUUAUUUUGGUCACAGCGUCACGCUGUUGGAUUUCGGGAGUCCUUUUGCUGACUCUGAGGACGUGAAGUGGAAGCAGCUUUUCAGGUUCCUUUAAACUCGCCGCUCGUAACUCCAGUUACGGCUCCCAGCUGUUCUCAGGUGUGCUCUGUUGACACUUCAGGUAGUAACACGGGACAUAUGACGUUUACUCCGGGCCUAUGUUUGCAUUUGGACCUGUUGUUAUUCAUGUCCACGUCAAGUCGACUGCAGGAUGUGAAGAAAAAUCUUGUUCCUCUUUCGUGUGCUCCUCGCUGCACCUUCCUUUCUGUGUGCUUUGAAUUCUGCAUCUAACAGCAUUUAAAGCUUCGAGAUGUUUGCUCAAAGGCACGUUUAAUCGUUGCUUUACGGCGCUCACUUUGUUUCUCUGCGUGAAAACCUGAGUUUACGCCGAGGACGCAUCAGCACAGCAGAUGAGCAACACACAAGCAAACGGCGAGUCCAACGUUCAGAUAACCAAGAAAGCCAAAAUGAGCGGCGACACUGGUGCCCUGCACCUGGACGGCAUCCCUCCGGACACGCUCAGUAAGGUGGAGAAGUACCUGCAGCCUUUCCAGCUGUCCCCGGAGACGCUGCAGGAGGUUUCGGCUCGGCUCAGGAAGGAUCUGCUCCGAGGUUUAGGGAAGCACUCGCACCACAAGGCGCCCGUCAAGAUGCUGCCCACCUUUGUCAGGGCCACGCCUGAUGGGACGGAGAAAGGCGACUUCCUGGCGUUGGAUCUGGGAGGAACAAACUUCCGUGUGCUUCACGUCCGUGUGGAGGAGGAGGCGCAGAAGGUUCAGAUCUGCGCCAUCCCACAGGAAAUGAUGCUGGGAACCGGAGAACAGCUGUUCGACCACAUCGCCACCUGUCUCGGGGAUUUCCUCGAGUCUCAUAACCUGAAGGGUCAAACUCUUCCUCUGGGCUUCACCUUCUCCUUCCCCUGUGAACAGCUGGAAAUCGACAAGAGCAUCCUGAUCCGCUGGACCAAAGGCUUCAACUGCUCCGGGGUGGAGGGGAAAGACGUGGUCCAGUUACUGAAAGAGGCCAUUCACAGGAGAGGGGACUAUCAUAUUGGCUCGGUUGCCAUGGUGAACGACACAGUGGGAACGAUGAUGAGCUGUGGCUACAAGGACCAGAGCUGUGAAAUCGGCAUGAUCAUUGGUACGGGAACCAACGCCUGCUACAUGGAGGAAAUAAAGAAUGUGAAGCGUAUUGAGGGCAAGGACGGACGGAUGUGCAUCAACACGGAGUGGGGCGGCUUUGGGGAUGACGGAUGCUUGGAUGACAUCCUGACUGAGUUCGACGUGGAGGUGGACAAGACCUCCAUCAACCCCGGCGUGCACAUCUUUGAGAAGAUGAUCAGCGGCAUGUAUUUGGGAGAAAUCGUUCGACUGGUGCUGGUGAAGAUGACCAAGGACAAGCUGCUGUUUAAAGGACAGAUAUCGGAGGCAUUGGGGACCCCAGGACGGUUUGAGACCAAGUUUAUCUCUGAGAUUGAGGAGCCGGACAGCGGUUUGGAGAACGCCAAGAAGAUUCUGACUGAGUUGGGUCUGGAUUGGGAUCUGGUCGACGCCUCUGUGGUGCGCCUGGUCUGCGACACUAUCUCUUCACGCUCGGCCUAUCUCUGUGCUGCCGCCCUGGCAACCCUCGUCAACCGCAUCCGUAACAACCGCAAACUGGGCCACCUGAAGACCACUGUCGGGGUGGACGGGACAGUGUACAGAAAACACCCCACCUUCAGCAGUAAGCUCCAGAAGGCGGUGCGCCUGCUCGCCCCUCAGUGUGACAUCACCUUUCUCGUCUCGGAGGAUGGCAGCGGGACGGGCGCUGCCAUGGUAACGGCUGUGGCGCAGAGGCUGGCUCACCAGUCCCGACUGCUAGAGGAGAGCGACGGUGAGGACAAUGAGGAGGAGGAGGAGGAGGAGGAGGAGGGUCAAUAAUGUAUUUUUGACCAAUCUAUGCCUCAGCGCAGCUGCAACUGUUCAUAUCAUGUAAAGAGAGGUGGAGGGAAUCCUCUGGUAUUUUAUCAUGUUGAGAUUUUAUUAGAAAAGAAGUAGAAAACAUGUUGAUCAGAGUAUUUAAAGCACAAAAACUUGCACAAGACUCACUGAAAAAGGUAUUAAAAAGUAAACGAUGCGUCAAAAGGAGACGAUUUAAAGUCAUUUUAUAGGUUGCUAUGGAGAUUUUGAUCCAUUAAAAACGUAUUUAUUAAUAAGGGGCAUAGCUUCAGGGGGAUUUGUGGUGGCGACGAUUCCUAAAAAUAAGUGUUGUUAUAUCACUGCAGCAAGGGGCGUAUACUCCAGGGGGGGCAGAGGGGCCCAGAUCCCACUAUUGCUGGUUAGAGACAGUGUUUUCCUCCUCAGUGUGUCACUGUGAGUGUAACUCGGUAAUGUUAAAUAAUAAUAAUAAUAAUAAUAAUAACCACUGAAAGCUGAUGUUCUGAUUAUAUAACAGGAUAUUUUAAAGUUAAAAAAAUGGACAGUUUACAAACCUUAAUGUGUGAAAAUGAUGUUGAUGAAAAACAGGCUAAAGGAACGGAAACAAUUCAGAGCUUCCCUGAGAAAUGUUGCGUUUUUGAGAUUAUUUUUUAUUAACAUAAAUCUGUGACGGUUGUCAGCACACAUGGUGGUACAAGGCAAGAAAGAGUGGAAUAAAUAAUUUGGCUUUUUUAAUUUCCUCAAUCUCAAUAAAUAAAAAACACAAGACUAAGAAUUAUCAGAGAAAUGCACCGUUUGCUGCUUGGUGACAUUUCCAGUCAUCCUGAACAGCAGUGAUCUGUUUGUGUCCAAGUAAAAGAUAACAGAUGCUUCAGUCUGAUGCAGAAAAGAGGGAGAAGAGGAUGUUUGUGAAAUGUGUUUUUUAAGGUGCCAAAAAUCCUCCUGCUCUUUUUUUUAAAUGGGAAAUAAAGAGUUUAUGUACAAACAACCACAGAAGAAGAGCUGCAGCACAAUGUGCACUAAAGCCAGUGAAUAAAUAAAAAUGUUAAACCGUCCAA